AUGAAUUAUUUUAUUGAAGCAGAAUGUUUACGGCGGUUUAAAGACUUAGUUAAUAAAUAUAAUAAGUUAUUUGAUACAAAUUCAAAUUUAAUAAAACAAAACAAACAGAUACAAGUAAACUCAGCGUUAUCAAAAAACAGACAAUACUGGUAAAAAUUAUUGAUUGAUAACUAAAUAUUAUGUUUAAUCGAGCGUGAAAAAUGUCAUAUAAACCUAAUUAAAAAGUUAAAAUAUGAAUUGUGUACAAAAGAUAAUGACAUUAACAGACUGAAACUUAAUGAAGAAUUAAACGAGAAACAAAUAAAUGAAUAUCAGAAUGAGUUAAAAUUGAUUAGAGAAAAAUACCAAAAAGAACUCUGUAAAAUUGUUAACACUUGUAAAUGCUGUUCGAGUAUUGAUUACGAAUCGGAACAAUCUACGAUAGAUUCAAAAAGUUCUUUUGAAGAUAAAGUACCAGUAGAUUUAAAAUGUUCAUGUGAAAAUAAAUUAUUGGUAGAUUCAAAAUGUUCAUGUGAAAAUAAAUUAUCGGUAGAUUCAAAAUGUUCAUGUGAAAACAAAUUAUCGGGAGAUUCGACAUGCUCGUGUGAAGAUAAAUUACCAGUAGAUUCAAAAUUUUCAUGUGAAAAUAACUCAGUAGAAAAUGUUUGUGAGGAUAAAAUCUAUAGUGACGUACAACAGUUGCUACUUGCUAUUGAUGAAUAUUGCAAUUCAAAAACGAUAUGUAUUUCAAUCCUAUCGUUAUUGAAACAAUCAAAGACGGCUAUUAGUAGUUUAAUUGAAGAAAAUUAUAUCAGUAGUAAUGCCCUGAAACAAUGUCAAAGUGACUUUGAAUGUUCUACUAACACAUUAAAUGAACAACUAGAAAUGUUAAAAAAAAAAGAUUCUGAGAUAUUCACAAUGAGAUCAGAUUUUACUAUUUUAAUAGACGAAUUGAAACAAAUAGUAAAUGAAAAAUCAAAUUUGGAAAAUAAAUUAAGUCAAGUAACAGAAGAAUUGUGUUCUACGACUGAGAAUCAUGAACAAUUAUUAAACAAAUUUGAAGAGCAGAAAGAGGAAUUAAAUAACAUGAAAUCUUGUUCAAAGGUAAAUCUCUGCGCUGAUGUAUGCAUAUCAAAAGAAAUCUGUGAAAAAACACAAACACUUUCAAACAACAUUGAAAUCAUAGAUGGAUUAGAAGAUAAAUUAUGCGCUUCGAAACUCCAGUUAAAAGAAACAGAAAAUUUGAAAACAAUUUGUGACAAUCAAUAUAAAAACCUCUGUAUACAAAAUGUAGAACUGAAGAACGAAUUAGAAAUUGAAAAAGACAAAAACAGAAAAAAUAUUUAUAAUGUUGAAAAUCUCUGUAAACGAAUUUUUAAAUUUGAAGCCGUAAUAAAAAGUUUUGAGGUUCAAAACAAACUAAAUAUAGUGGAAAUUGCUGAACUUAAGGAAAAUAAAUGUAUUUCAGAACAAAAAUACAACGAAAUAAUUAACGAAUUAAAUUGCACUAUUGAGCAAUUAAAAAAAGAAUUAGUUACUACUAAAUUAAAGGCUGAAAAAUAUGAACAAUUUUUGAAAAAUUUAAGUGAUGAAGACAAAAAAUAUUAUGAACAACAAAUUAAGUCAUUAAACAAUAAUAUUGAGAACUUGAAAACAGAACUUAAAUAUUAUAAAACUCAAUAUGAUUCAUUAAUGACAAAAAACCUGUUAAACGAAAAAGAACUUUCGCAAUUUAUUGAGAAGAUUCAACUGUUGCAAACUCGAGAAUUUGAAUUGAACAAGGAAAACGAAGAAAAUAAAGAACGCGUGUCAAUGCUAUGUACAACUUUGGAUGCUAUGAAAAGAGAACUAGAAGAAACAAUCCAGAAAAACCAUGAAUUAACUUGUAAAAAUCGUGAUUUAGAAGCGACAAAUGUCGUGCAUUGCGAAGAUAUCGAUAAAUUGAAUGAUACACUCGUUUGUGUAAGAAAAAAUGAAUCAUGCGUACGAAAAUAUUUGGUCGUAAAUAAAGAAGCACUGACGAAAAGGGAAAAAGAAAUUGAAAAUUUGAAUUCAAAAAUCAACUACGUUCAAAAUAAAUUAGACACAACUUGUGUCAACUUGAGUUGUACUGAACAAAAGCUACAAGAUACUGAGUUGAAAUUGAACAAGGAAAUAUGUCUAAAAGAAAAAAUCAAUAAAAAAUAUAAUAAUAUGGUUAACUGUCUAACAACGAAUUGUAACAUGGAGCAAUCAAUAAAACCUACUAGUAUGAAAUCCACCGAAUGUCAAUAUGAGAUAGGAGACUACUGCUGUUUUAAUGAUGAAAACAACGUGUCAUGUAAUGCUACAAACGAUGACGUACAGGCACUACACUAUGAAAAUAAUUUCUCAAUUAUCGAUUGUAAAAUGACAAAAGAAUCUACUCAUAUAGGACUACAGACAAAUUUGUGUUGUCCGGAUAUUUGUCCGCCCAUUAGUAAAACGGUAUCAGUGAUUAUUGAGCAAUCCUGUCCAAAUGAUAACAUUCAAUGCUGCCCCGAACCGUGUAAUGUCAAUAAAUGUGACUUUGGCCAAUGCGAAUCAAAUAUCAGUUGUACAUGUCUAUGCGAGUCACCACUGAAGACAGCAUCACAAACACAUUGUCAUUCGGACGACUGUUUACGUCCUGAAGAAUCAAAACUCACGACAACGUGCGAUUGUAUUGCGGGCUUCUUGGAAAGAGAAAAUUUAAAAUGUCAACUGGACGAGUCGGAACAAUUAUUGAAACAAUAUGAACAAAAAGCCAAAGAUGCCGAAUUAAAAUUAUGUGCCAUUGAAGAAGAACGUUGUAAAAAAGAGCUGAAUAUGAAUAAGUGUUUCGAUAAGGAAAAAUUGGAAUACCAAACUAACCUGGAUGAGGUAACAGCUCAAUUAAAAUCGUGCAAUGAAACGAUUGCGUGUAAGGAAAAUGAUUUGAAAUGCUGUCGAUCAAGAGAAAAUCAAUUGAAAAAAGAUAUAGAAAAACUGAAGGAAACUUUAAAAUGCAAAGAUAAAAAAAUCAAAGACUAUGAAAAUAAAAUGAAUUCACUAAAUGAUUGCUUAGAUGAGUGCAAAAAACAAUUUGAAACUCUUAAAUGCUCGCUGGAGUUGGAGAAAGCCACUAAACUAGAGUUGGACAAACAAUUGGAAACCUUCGACGAUCAAUCCGAAAAAAAGAUCGUAAAGAAAUUAAAAACGCCUGAGAAAGUCGCAGUGAAGAAACGUCGGAAAAGUGAGUCUGCGCGGAAAAAUAAAUCUAAAAUUAGUCUAAAAGAGAAAAAAAAGGUGAUGACACCUUGUGAAAGGCAAAGAAUGAGAUCGGGAGCCGACCAUGAAACGGUACAUGGCUUCAGUGGAACUAAACUAGAAAUGAAUAGUCGUCGUCAUUACAACGGCUAUAAACAGGACGAUAGCCACAACUAUCCGGACGUUUGCGAGAACUCGCGAGGAAUCAGAAAAGGUGACCUGGCGACACACACGUUACCUGCUGAAUUCAUCGAAUCGUUGCGGCAACAAGUGCGACAAAAUGUCGUCUGCGAAAACACCAAAUGUUUUACGAUGGGAUGCUGCUACGACCGGACCCGGCGUUAG